CAGCAAAAAGUUUUGUCCCUCUACUGUUUCAACCCGCUCUAUCAGAAGAACUGGGUUUCUCAGCAGCUGGACUGUCCCGGGCUCCGCUUCUCCCAUGGCUCCUGCAGGUCUCCCAGCCUCCCUUCCUCUGUGUGUGUGUCUGCUGCUGGCCUCUGGCUUUGCCCAGGCAGGCAGGCUGCUGGUGGUGCCCAUGGAUGGGAGCCACUGGUUCACCAUGCAGAUGGUUGUGGAGAAACUCAUCCACAGGGGGCAUGAGGUGGUGGCAGUUGUGCCAGAGGUGAGUUGGCAACUGGGAAAAUCCCUGAAUUUGACAGUGAAGACAUACUCAACUUCUCACACUCUGGAAGAUAUGAACCGUGAGUUCAAGUAUUUUUCUGACACUCAAUGGAAAACUUCAGAACAAAGUAUGUUUUCUUUUCUGACAGGCUCAGCCAAACAUUUCUUUGAAUUAUUAUUUUCACAUUGUAGAGAUUUGUUUAAUGACAAGAAGUUAGUGGAGUACUUGAAGCAGAGUUCUUUUGAUGCUGUGUUUACGGACCCUCUUGAUGUGUGCGGCUUAACUGUGGCCAAGUAUUUGUCGCUCCCUUCGGUGAUCAUCGCAAGAGAUAUAUUUUGUCACUAUCUGGGAGAAGGUGCCCAGUGCCCUAGUCCACUGUCUUAUGUUCCCAGAGGUCUCUCGAAAUUCACAGACACCAUGACUUUCAAGGAGAGAGUGUGGAACCACCUCUCCUACAUGGGGGAGCGUGCAUUUUGCCCCCAUUUUUUAAAAACUGCUACAGACAUUGCCUCUGAAGUUCUCCAGACUUUGGUGACUAUGGAUGACCUCUUCAGCCAAGUGUCUAUUUGGUUGUUACGCACAGACUUUGUGUUAGAUUUCCCCAGACCUGUGAUGCCCAACAUGGUGUUCAUUGGUGGGAUCAACUGCCAACAAAGAAAGCCAAUUUCUAAGGCUUUUGUGGACCCUUUGGAUGUGUGCAACUUAGUUGUUACCAAAUAUCUUUCCCUUCCACGUGAGAUGGUCGGAUGGUCAGCAGAGUGAUGUCUUGCUGUAAUGUUGAAGGAAGCACUCAGGGCUCCAGUCCCUUUCCCGUGUGCCCCAUCUUCUGCACCGCCUCCCACAUACCCUGACUGUCAGACACAGUGGGAAUUAUUUUCAUUUUUUGGUUAAAUAAUUAUUUUCUCAUGGAGAUCACCCCUGAAUUUCUCCAACCUCCUGAGACAAUGGUCUCCACUGGGACAUUUCCAUUUGGUGUCAGGCACUGACUUUACUUUUGACCAUCCCAUGCCUGUGAUAUUCAACAUGGUCUCCCUGGUGAGAUCAAGGGCCACCAGGGCUAGUCACUUUCCCAAGUGUGUUAUCUGUCCCUUAGCACAGGAAGGGAGGCCUGAUUUUGGACGUUAGAACGAAAAUGGUUCAUUAUUAAACUGUUUGUCAUUUGUGUUUGUAACAUUUAUAGUUUCUGGUCCAGUGAAAUAUUUCUUGCUGAUUUACUUAGGAAGCUUUACACAUCUUCACUUGUGUGUAUGUGUGUUCAACAGAAUUGGUUAUUUAUAAUUUUCAGGUUGUUUAAAAAAUACUAGUUUCAUAUCCAUCCCUUCGAACCACUCUGUUAUUCCAUCCUUAGGAUCUUUGCCCACGGAAGUGCUUCAGGAGACAAGUCUGAAGCUUUCACAAUUUUUUGAAAUUAUUUUGUAAUAGAUGUAUAUAAGUGAUGCAGUAUUUACUUGAUUAAAAAUAUAUCUAGUUAUUGGUGUA